AUGACAAGUAAAAACAUUGAAGUCGUCAGAAAAAAGAACUUUUUUAAUGAGGAAGUAACUGAAGAAGAGCGUGAAAUUAUCGCUCAGCGUGUUGCACUUCAACAGCGUCAAUUUGCUGCUUAUGAAUAUCGAGAAAAAGUCCGUAAAUCAAACAAGAUACGAACUGUGUUUGAUUAUGUGACAGAUGAAGAAAUCACUGAACUGCUUGAGGAUUGUCAUCAAGAUGAAGAUGAAGUGAUUUAUAACUUGACAAAGCAGGGUUAUUUGCAUGGUAUUCGCAAGAAGAUUGCAUUAAAAUAUGCAGAUGAAGAAUCCAGCUAUGCGCCUGUUAUGAGCACAGAGCAGCGUGUAGCUUAUCAACAAUUACUCAAAAAGAGAAAAGAAACACUAAAAAAGACAAUCAAUGAAGAUGCUAAAAAACGAUACCGCACUUAUGAACGACUCGGGUUGGAUGAAGCAUUGGAAAAACUAAACAAUAAUGAAGUAGAUCCUGAAAAAGCCUUUGAAGGAUGGUCUGAAGCUCGAAUUAGAGCUUAUCAGAUGAUUGAGCAAAACCCAAACAGUUAUUAUUAUCGUUUCAAUGCACCAGGAGAAAUUCAACGCCGAGGUCAAUGGAGUGAGGAAGAAAAGAAACUGUUCCAUAAAAGACUGGCUGAAGUAGGAGCUAAUGGUCAAUGGGGCAUCUUCUCUAUAAAAAUACCUGGUCGUGUUGGAUAUCAGUGUUCCAAUUACUAUAGACUCUUGAUUGAAACCCAUCAAAUUUCUGACCCUAAUUAUGUACUUGAUGAAAAGGGAAAAGCACACUUUUUAUUUGAAAAGAAAAGCUCUGAUGGACAAGUCAAAAAAACAUUCCGUACCCAUUGCAAACUCGCUAGGCGCAGACAAACAUCGCUUGCUAAUGGCUCUACUUCUGCUGCUGCUGCUACUACUGCUACUACUCUUUCUACUGCUGCUAAACCAACUACUGGUGUUAGAAGGCGUCGACGUGUGGUCAAGACAGACGACGAUACCAGUGAUGAUUAUGAUGAUGAUUAUUCUGGCAUGUUUACGACUCGUGCCAAGACGGAUCAUGAUGAAAAACGACAAGAAGACGACUACGAGGAUCAAGAAGAAGGAGAAGAAGAUGAAGUAGAUCCUUUGUGUCCAUUGCCUGGAUUUAUAGAUCCUAUUACGCUGGAACAAGUAGAAAAACCUGCUAUAUCAAAAUAUGGACAUGUUAUGGGCUACGAUAGCUGGCUUCGAUGCUUGAAUAACUGGGAAGGCAAAAAAAAUAUUUGUCCCUUGACCAAGAAGCCUCUUACUAAACGAGAUUUAGUUAUCUUGACAUUUGAUAAUGUUGCUGAAUACAGGUAA